AUGUUCUCCCGAAGGAGCCACGGGGAUGUGAAAAAGUCCACCCAGAAGGUGCUGGACCCCAAGAAGGACGUGCUGACCCGCCUGAAGCACCUGCGGGCGCUGCUGGAUAACGUGGAUGCAAGUGAUCUUAAGCAGUUUUUUGAAACCAACUAUUCUCAAAUAUAUUUCAUCUUCUAUGAAAAUUUUAUAACACUGGAAAAUAGUUUGAAAUUAAAAGGGAAUAAUAAGUCACAGAGGGAGGAGCUGGACUCCAUCCUCUUUCUUUUUGAAAAAAUACUGCAGUUUCUACCUGAACGAAUUUUCUUUCGAUGGCAUUACCAGAGUAUAGGCUCAACUUUAAAGAAGCUUCUACACACUGGAAAUUCUAUUAAGAUAAGAUGUGAAGGAAUCAGGCUGUUUCUUCUGUGGCUUCAAGCGCUGCAGACGAACUGUGCGGAAGAGCAGGUGCUGAUCUUUGCCUGCCUGGUGCCCGGCUUCCCAGCGAUCAUGUCAUCCAGGGGGCCGUGUACCCUGGAGACGCUCCUCAGUCCCAGCCCUGGUGUCGCUGAUGCAAAGGUAUAUCCGGAAGAAAUCACUCCGCUCGUGCCAGCCAUGUCAGGGGAGAAGAUUGCAGAGGACCAGACGUGCUUUUUUCUUCAGCUGCUGUUGAAAUAUAUGGUUAUUCAGGCUGCAAGCCUGGAGUGGAAGCAUAAGGAGAAUCAAGAGACUGGUUUUAAAUUCCUUUUCACGUUGUUUCGAAAGUAUUACCUUCCUCAUUUAUUUCCAUCGUUUACCAAGUUAACGAACAUCUACAAGCCUGUCCUUGAUGUCCCCCACCUGAGACCAAAACCCGUGUACAUCACGACAACGCGAGACAAUGAAAACAUUUACAGCACAAAGAUUCCGUACAUGGCAGCUCGUGUUGUUUUUAUUAAGUGGAUCGUAACUUUCUUUUUGGAAAAAAAGUAUCUAUCCACAGCACAAAACACUAAAAAUGGAGUUGAUGUAUUGCCUAAAAUCAUACAGACCGUCGGGGGUGGAGCCGCAGUGCAAGACCGGGCACCCGAGCUGGACAGCGGGGCAGCCGAGCCGGACAGAAGCCACUCCAACAGCAGCACCUUGUCGGACCGGAGGCUCAGCAGCUCGAGCCUCUGCAGCGUCGAGGAGGAGCACCGCGCCGUGUACGAGAUGGUGCAGCGCAUCCUGCUGUCCACGCGUGGCUACGUCAACUUCGUGAACGAAGUGUUCCGUCAGGCAUUUUUGUUGCCUUCCUGUGACAUAGCUGUCACCAGAAAAGUAGUUCAGGUGUACAGAAAGUGGAUCCUCCAGGAAAAACCUGUGUUCAUGGAGGAACCAGACAUAAAAGAAGUUGCCCAAGAAGAUGCUGAAAAAUUAGGAUUUUCAGAAACCGAUGCCAAGGAGACCUCGUCUGAAAGUUCCGGUCACAAGCGAUCUUCCAGUUGGGGACGAACGUACUCUUUCACGAGUGCCGUGAGCAGAGGGUGUGUGACAGAAGAGGAAAAUCAGAACGUGAAAGCGGGGGCCCAGGCGAUGCUGCAGGUAUUUUUGACAAAUGCUGCAAACGUCUUUUUGCUGGAACCCUGUGCUGAAGUUCCCAUGCUCUUAAAAGAGCAAGUUGAUGCUUGUAAAGCUGUUUUGAUUAUUUUUAGGCGCAUGAUAAUGGAGCUUACAAUGAAUAAAAAGACAUGGGAACAGAUGCUGCAGAUACUACUCAGGAUAACAGAAGCCGUCAUGCAGAAGCCAAAGGAUAAACAAGUGAAGGACUUGUUUGCCCAGAGCUUGGCAGGCUUGCUAUUUAGGACGCUCAUGGUGGCCUGGAUCCGAGCAAACCUCUGCGUGCCCAUUUCCCGGGAGCUGUGGGACGACUUUCUGGGCGUGCUGUCCUCCCGCACGGAGUGGGAGGAGCUCAUAAACGAGUGGGCCAGCAUCAUGGACUCCUUGACGGCGGUGCUCGCCAGGACCGUGUACGGGGUCGAGAUGACCAACCUGCCCCUGGACAAAUUAAGUGAACAAAAGGAGAAGAAGCAGCGAGGCAAAGGCUGUGUUCCAGAUUCUCAGAAAGGAACCACCGUGGGGAGAUCCUUUUCCCUGAGCUGGCGGAGCCACCCCGAAAUGACCGAGCCCAUGCGCUUUCGGAGCGCCACCACAUCUGGGGCCCCGGGAGUGGAGAAGGCGAGAAACAUCGUCCGCCAGAAAGCAACCGCUAAGCGGAGCCAGUCUAUCGGCAACUGUGCCCGCCUCCCCGAGGCCUUGCCCGCCACUAAAAGCGUCCCGCUCCUCCUCCACAGCGUGAGCGCCCUCCUCCCGGGUCUCUCUCACUCCUCUAGCUCUCACAGGCUGCCAGAAGUGGAGGAGUGCCCGCAGCAGGAAAGUGCACCUGCGGCGGAGCCGGGGGCCCAGGCAGCAGACGAGCAGCAACGAAUGGUUCGGAGCAGCAGCUCCCCUGACGUCACGGAGCCACUGGGUGCAGACGCCCCGCCAGGUCAGAAUGUAGGAGAUACACAGAGUGUGAGUUCUUCAGAGCCCAGGCCUGUUCAGGAGAGCAAAGGACACACGAAGAAAGAACACGAAGGGAUCACAAUCUCAGUUCGAAGAAGCAGCAGCCCUGCGGAGUUGGAUUUAAAAGAUGAUUUGCCGCAGACGCAAGGAAAAUGUCGGGAGAGACAGAAGAGUGACAGUGUUGGCAGUGACACAGGUCUGGGCUAUGGCACUGACACAGAGCUGUCCUUAAGCCCGUGGCAGACCUACGAGGAAGACCCGGACCUGAACACUCCCACGGAUGCCGUGACCGACUCUGACGCCCGCCACUGGCUACAGCUGAGUCCUACGGAUGCUUCACACGUAACAGACAGCAGCGAGUGCCUCGCAGACGACUGCAGCAUCAUUGCCGGAGGGACCCUCACCGGGUGGCACCCAGACUCGGCCGCUGUGCUCUGGCGGAGGGUCUUGGGAAUCCUUGGAGAUGUGAAUAAUAUCCAGUCACCCAAGAUCCACGCCAGGGUUUUUGGCUAUCUCUAUGAACUCUGGUACAAACUAGCAAAGAUACGGGAUAACCUAGCAAUAAGCCUGGAUAACCAGUCCUCCCCAUCUCCUCCUGCCUUGAUCCCACCACUCAGAAUGUUUGCAUCAUGGCUAUUUAAGGCGACGACGUUGCCAAACGAGUAUAAGGAAGGCAAACUCCAAGCCUACAAGCUGAUCUGUGCCAUGAUGACCAGACGCCAGGACGUCCUGCCCAACUCGGACUUCCUGGUGCAUUUUUACCUUGUCAUGCACCUGGGGCUGACCAGCGAGGACCAGGACAUCUUAAACACCAUCGUAAGGCACUGUCCGCCCCGCUUCUUCUCCCUGGGUUUGCCCGGCUUCUCCAUGCUGAUGGGGGACUUCAUCACGGCCGCCGCCAGGGUCCUCAGCGCAGACAUGCUGGCGGCCCCUCGUUCAGAAGCCCUCACCAUUCUGGGGUCUCUGGUCUGCUUUCCGAAUACCUACCGCGAGGUCCCUCUGCUGCAGUCACUGCCGGAUGUCACCGAAGUCGUCACAGGAACUGAUGAUGUCAAGCAUUACCUCAUAAGUAUUUUACUGAAGAAUGCCACCGAGGAGCCAAAUGAGCAUGCAAGAUGCAUUGCCAUUUGCUCCCUCGGGGUCUGGAUAUGUGAAGAGCUAGCACAGUGUAUGAGCCAUCCUCAGCUGAAAGAGGCCGUCAACGUGAUAGGCGUCACUUUGAAGUUUCCCAACAAAGUCGUGGCCCAGGUGGCUUGCGAUGUUCUUCAGUUGCUGGUUUCCUACUGGGAAAAACUUCAGAUAUUCGAACCCUCUCUGCCUCGGAAAAUUGCCGAAAUCCUCGUGGCCACAAUUGCUUUUCUUUUACCGAGUGCAGAGUAUUCCUCAGUGGAAACAGAUAAGAAGCUCAUCGUGUCCUUGCUGCUCUGCCUCCUGGACUGGUGCAUGGCCCUGCCACUGAACGCCCUUCUCCACCCCGUGGCCACGGCAGCCCUGGAGGAGCAGGCCUCGUCCCGAGCGCCACUGCUGGAUUACGUCUACAGGGUUCUGCACUGCUGUGUUUGUGGCUCGAGCACGUACACCCAACAGAGCCACUACACCCUGACCCUGGCUGACCUGUCGUCCACGGAUUACGACCCCUUCCUGCCACUGGCAAACGUGAAGAGUUCUGAGCCGGCCCAGCAUCAUUCAUCAGCAGAACUGGGCAACCUGCUUACUGUCGAAGAGGAGCGGAGGCGGCGGAGCCUGGAGCUGAUCCCGCUGACGGCCCGCAUGGUGAUGGCGCAUCUGGUCAACCACCUGGGCCACUUCCCGCUCUGCGGGGGCCCCGCCGCGCUGCACAGCCUGGUCAGCGAGAACCACGACAACGCGCACGCGGACGCCGCGGAGCUGUCCCCCGAGGUCUUCAGGAGCCCCAACCUGCAGCUGUUCGUGUUUAACGACAGCACCCUCAUCUCCUGCCUUCAGACGCCGGCCCAGGGACCUGCAGACGGGUCUCCAGCGGGCGCCCUCUCGGACGUGAGAGUGAUCGUGAGGGACAUCUCAGGGAAGUACUCGUGGGACGGGAAGGUGCUCUACGGGCCCCUGGCCGGCUGCCCAGCCCCCCAGGGCAGAUGUCCCUCUUCUCUGGUUUCGGGCUGGCCCCGCCCACCGUCUGGACCUCAGAAGGACCUUUCCCAGACGGACGAGGGAGAGGACGUCCUGGACAAGUUACUUGAAAACAUCGGCCACACAAGCCCAGAAUGCCUUUUGCCAUCACAGCUGAACCUCAAUGAGCCUUCGCCACCCCCGUGUGGAAUGAGCCGCGACCAGGAGAAGGAAAUCAUCCAGGCCAUCCUGCGGCAGAGCGCCCAGGAGGACGCCUACGUCCAGAGGUGCCACUCGGACCCGGCCCUGAGGGUUGCCAGCCAGGAACAGCCAUUCCCUGUGGAGCCCCGGGGAGCCUUCUACUUCUGCAGGUUGUUGCUGGACGACUUGGGGAUGAAUUCCUGGGACAGGAGGAAGAAUUUCCAUCUGCUGAAGAAAAAUUCAAAAUUAUUGAGAGAGCUAAAACAUCUGGACUCCCGACAGUGCCGUGAAACGCACAAAAUCGCCGUGUUUUACAUUGCCGAAGGUCAAGAGGACAAGUGUUCGAUCCUUUCCAAUGAAAGAGGAAGCCAAGCAUACGAAGACUUCGUUGCCGGACUUGGAUGGGAGGUGGACCUGUCCACGCACUGCGGGUUCAUGGGUGGACUUCAGCGCAAUGGCACCACAGGCCAGACGGCCCCCUACUAUGCCACCUCAACCGUGGAAGUGAUUUUCCAUGUCUCAACUCGGAUGCCAUCAGACUCAGAUGACUCUCUCACCAAAAAGCUCCGUCACCUGGGGAAUGACGAGGUCCACAUCGUCUGGUCUGAACACUCCAGGGACUACCGCAGGGGGAUUAUCCCCACCGCCUUUGGAGACGUUUCAAUCAUCAUCUACCCCAUGAAGAAUCACAUGUUCUUUAUCGCGAUAACCAAGAAACCCGAGGUUCCAUUUUUUGGGCCCCUGUUUGAUGGAGCCAUCGUGAGUGGGAAGCUGCUGCCAAGCCUUAUCUGUGCCACGUGCAUCAACGCCAGCAGGGCUGUGAAGUGCCUCAUCCCCCUGUACCAGAGCUUCUACGAGGAGCGGGCUCUGUAUCUGGAAGCAAUAAUUCAGAACCACCGCGAAGUCAUGACGUUUGAGGAUUUCGCAGCCCAGGUCUUCUCUCCGUCUCCCAGCUACUCCGUCACUGGAACCGAUUAAAAUACACAAAGGCCUCGCUGCAAUAUUUGAACAAGGGCCCUGAGCGCCUUCCCCACGGCACCUCUUGGGGAGGAGAAGAUGGAUGAGACCCCCGCUUCCCCACCCAAGCCCCCAAACCCAGACUCCGGUCACGGUGGCCCAGCUGGUGCCUCAGCGAGUCCAAAGCUACAGAGGAAGCCCCAAAAUGCGGCGGAGCAGACUUUCAAACCGGUGGCGGUGAUAUCUCAGGAGCCUGGGCUUUGAAAGAAGAAAAAGUCGCCACCCGCCAGAGACAAGCCGGCUGUCACGCAGUGCCUUUGGGGCUGCAGGCGCAGAGGGAACACGAGCCGGUUCCGGGCUUUCCUGGGGUGGGGGCAGGGUGAGCACCUGGCUCUGGACCCGGGGCUUCCUCUCACCUGUAAACCCGUCGUGUUUCACUGGGGGCUGCAGAAUGCCUGUCAGCCUGUUGGAGGAGCGUUCCCCGCAUUGAUCCCACUCGAUCUUCUGUUAGGACUGAUGGUUUUACAAACUUCAUCAUCCCAGAGAUUGGCUUUCCGUCGGGUCGGUAGCCCAGGAGAAGGUUCACCUCCUUUGCUGAAUGUUUCCCACCUGGUUCCCUGAUGCCCGCUACCUGGGGAGAGGUUUCCUGACCUUGACCCUAACCCUGCUGGAGGCCUCCAGGGGGUGAGAGGAAAGCUUCCAUCCACAGUGCGCAGGUGAUUCUAGAAACACAGGGUCCUGUCUUUCGAAAGUUCCGGUCGGUCAGGAAGCCUCCCGGUGGCGGUGCCUCACUGCCCUACCCCUCACACAGAGCUUUAGGGUGACAUCCCCAGCAAGGGGUUUGCUCCCCCCACUUUUUACCCAUUUUGCUCCAAGAAAGGCCUGUUGUGCCUGUUUGAAAAAAAGAAAAGCUGGGGUCAGCGAGCGUUGGGCAAAGGCUCUCUGCUAGUCACCUAGGCUCUUGCGCCAUCUCCAGAGCUAGCCCUGGGCUCAGAACUGGGGAGCCCCUGGCUAAGGGCCCAGAAAGGUCCCGGCGCAGGUGCUUUCCUGCCCCCGCCCCCCUGCUCUUGCACCCAUCUCUGGGCACACCCAGCCUGCCUUGGCCGCCUUCUGAGCCCACUCUCCUGGGCAAAGCUGCUGUCCUCCCCAAAUGUCACUGUCCUAUGGGUUUGGCUAGUCCCUGAUCUUUGCAGGAGAAGGGGGUGGACCCAGGAGCCAGCCUUGCUUUGGGGACAGUGGGACCGGAUUGAGAAGGGCACUCCUAUUAGGAGGGGACUUGGGAUUCUCAAGAGACUUGGUUUUUCUGCUUUCCAGGGGCUCAGAGGUGGGGCUUGAGGCCAGGCCCACAGCGGGGGGCAGCUGGAGCGCCAUCUGAACCCCAGAGAACUGGGGACAGACAAAAGCAGCACUUGGGGCUGUCCUGUAAAAGGCCCAAUUUGUUCACUUACUGGGGCUUAAUGGCAACAUAAAGGGUGACUGGAAGUGACAGCCUUUUUGGUGGUGUCAGCAAAUGUCACGAUUCUUACCUUCCCCUGGCAUCCCUUCCCCAGCUUGGAGCUAUUUGGGCUUUCUGGUCGGCGUGGUUCAGCCCCCAUGGCGCAGACUCACACUCUUACUGCUGUCCCACUUGAUAUUACAAAGUUGCCAGCCCUCGCUCCUGCAGGAAGGGGCAUCGCUCGUCCCUGGGCUCCCGAGUCCCACGUGAGCUCUGAUCGCAGCUUCCAGGAGAACAUUUCGGCCUCAACCCCUGUUGCGGAAUUCUUGGAUUUAGUCAAGAGUCUUGUAAUCACGUUGACUUCCCCUGGACCUGUGCUCCAAGAGUCCCUUUUCUCUCCAGGAACCGGUCCUCCUGACCUGGAGUAGGAAGUGCAGUUGUAGGUAGCAGGUAAGCAGCCCUUUCUCAACGGCUUGACAACCCCACGACCCCAGGUGACACCAGCAGUUUUACGGCUCUUCUCAGUAACAGUUUUGGUUUGGAGGUUUGGAAUCAGGGAACAGGGGAUCUGAGCCAGGUUUGUUUGCAAUCAUGUGGACUUGAAUCAUUUUUGCUAUUUGGGGUGGAAAAUUGAAAUGAUCAAGUGUUUGGUUUUUUUUUUUUUAACUUAGAAAAGCAAAUAUUGUGCUUUUGUAAUAAAUGCCUUUCAGCAAAAUUGCCAAGGGUCACUUUUCCGGUGGGGACCCACCUGAGCCACAGUGCUGAGUUGUCACAUUAGUAGGUCAGCCAUCUGUAAACUGAAGUGGCCCUAAUUAGCCCAAAAUGGUUAAGACCUGCCAGCCUCCAGGCAGGACGAGGACAGCCCCCUCACGUCUCGGCACGCUGAUUUCCAUCUGCAGCAAAAUGCUGCUCUGCAGUCUUCCUGCAUAGGGUACUUAAAAAAAAUAUUAGUAAUUCCACAAAUGACGACAUUUUAAAUAGCACCACCUCACGCAGACAGCAGGGAGGACAUUUAGCUUGGGUAGGUGACCGUCACAGUGUCUUCUGAGGUCAAGGCUGCAGUUCCCAAGAGCCACAGCGAAGGAGUGGGCUUCAGCCUUGACUUUGGGGAGCGGCUGACCAAUCAGACCCCGAGCCUUACCCCCAAGAGUCUGCGGAUCCGUAGACAAGGCACAUCACGUCUUCCCAACCUUCCUCAGGUGUGAACACCCGCGCCUUGUUUACUGUCACAUUUGUGUCCUCUGGAGUUUGAGGGAAGCUGUCACGCUUACUGUGAUGUCUUACACAGAAUUGUAACCUUAUAGCUGCUGGAGGGAAUGUCCACAUUCGAAGGCAAAGCCAACCACAUGUUAGUUGCACUCAGUACCUAUGUAUGACAGACACAUUAAGUGAAUGUUUUCAGGUCAACAAUAUUUAGUACAUGUAAAUAAGGACAAAAUUUGAUAAAUACGGUAAAUUAAGUUAUAGCGUGUCAUUUGAUUUUUAUUUUGCUCUUGUUAUUUAAUUUUCCUGAUGCUCCGCAUCAGGGCUUGUGCCUAGGCAGUAGAGACCUGGUCUGUAACCCACUUUGCAGGUCGUGUGCACCCCGGUGCGCCGAUGGAAGGGGCUCAUGCCCAGGGACACCCAUGGCUGCUGAUGGCCACUGCCUGGCUCUCCAAUUUGCCCUCUUUCUCUCUUUAAUUCUGAUUUACUGUGACAACCUAAUAAAGUAGAAACACAGCA